AUGAAUUAUUUAUGGUCACUCUAUUAUGCUAUCAACCAAUCUAUCUGUCGCACUGCUAUCCAUUACAUCACUACACAUCUAUCUAUAUCAGUCUGUUUCUAUCUAUCUAUCUAUCUAACUAUUUAUCUAUCUCAGUCUGUCUGUAUCUAUCUAUCAAUCGAUCUCAGUCUGUCUGUAUCUAUCUAUCAAUCGAUCUCUGUCUGUCUGUAUCUAUCUAAUGAUCAAUCUUGGUCAGUCUAUCUAUCGAUCACUCUGUCUGUCUGUAUCUAUCUAUCUAUCGCUCUCAGUCUGUCUGUAUCUAUCUAUCACUUUCAGUCUGUAUCUAUCGAUCGCUCAUCUAUCUGUCUGUUUCUAUCUAUUUAUCUCAGUCUGUUUCUAUCUAUCUAUUUAUUUAUGUCAGUUAAUAUCUAUCAUUCUCAGUCUGUUUCUAUCUAUUUAUCUAUAUCAGUCUGUUCAUAUCUAAAUAUCUAUCUCAUCUGUUCAUAUCUAUUUAUCUCUCUCAGUCUGUUCAUAUCUAUCUACCUGUCUAUUUAUGUCUGUUCAUAUCUAUCUAUUUCAGUCAGUUCAUAUCUGUCUCAGUCUGUUUCUAUCUAUCUACCUACCUAUAUCUCUCUCUACCUAUUUAUCUAUCUAUUUGUCUGUUGGUCUCAUCUGUUUCUAUCUAUUUAUCUAAGUCUGUUUUUAUAUAUCUAUCUAUCUAUCUCAGUCAGUUCAUAUCUAUCUAUCUAUAUUGCUCAGUUCAUAUCUAAUUCAGUCUGUUCUUAUUUAUCUAUAUAUAUAUCUCAGUCUGUACCUAUCUAUGUAUCUAUCUCUGCUCUUCUCUAUCUCAGUCUGUGCUUGUCUAUCUCUCUACCAGUCUAUUCCUAUUUAUCUAUCUAUCUCAGUCUGUUCAUAUCCAUCUAUGUAUCUAUGUAUCUAUCUAUCUAUCUAUCUCUGUCAUAUCUAUCUAUCAAUCUAUCUAUUCAUAUCCAUCUGUUCUGUUCAUAUCUAUCCAUCUCUCUCAACCUGUUUAUAUCCAUCUGUCUGUCUGUCUCACUCUGUUCAUAUGUAUCCAUCACAAUCUGUUCAUAUCUAUCUUUCUGUCUGAGGCUGUUCAUAUCCAUCUAUCUCAGUCUGUUCAUAUCUAUCUAUUUAUGUAUGUAUGUAUCUAUCUAUCGCAGUCUGUUCAUAUAUAUCUAUGUACCUCUCUCUCUAUUUCUCAUAUUUAUGUAUCUAUCUCUCUAUCUUGGUCUGUCAUAUCUAUCUAUGUAUAUAUGUAUGCAUCUAUCUAUCAGUCUGUUCAUAUGCAUCUAUCUAUCUUUCUCUCUAUUUCAGUCUAUUCAUAUCUGUCUACAUCUGUUCAGAUCUAUCUCUGUCAGUCUGUUUAUAUCCAUCUAUCUGUCUAUCUAUCUCAGUCUGUUCAUAUCCAUCUCUCUAUCUAUAUGUUUGUUCAUAUCCAUCUAUCUGCUUCUGUCUAUUUAUCUAUCUCAGUUUGUUUUUAUCUAUCUAUCUAUCUAUCCCUAUCUUUUUUAUCUAUCUAUGUAUCUAUCUGUAUUUCUUUCUCUUUAUCUGUCUAUUUGUCUAUCUAUUAAUCUCAAUCCAUUUGCAUGCAUGCAUGUAUGUAUGUAUAUCUAUCUAUCUAUCUAUCUAUCUAUCUAUCAACCUUAG